AGCGGCUGUCCCGCGCCUAAUUCAGGAUUCUGUUCGCGGUGUUCUUGUUCUGGGCACUCCCGCUCUGUGUCCCCCCCCCGAGCUGGAGGUGAUCUGUGGUCUCGCCGGUGGGCUCUGAGGAGUCCAGGUUGGGAAUUUGGAUCGGGUGACUUCUCUGACAUACCUGAACACAGACCCCCAGCGUACUUGGAGAGGAACCUGGCCCCAGAAGAGCUCUACCGUAAAAAUGAGUCCCACAGAUCCACUUGACGAUGAAGACACGUUUAAAAUCCUGGUUGCCACUGAUAUCCACCUUGGGUUUAUGGAGAAGGAUGCAGUUAGAGGAAAUGACACAUUUGUGACGUUUGAUGAAAUUUUAAGACUUGCCCUGGAAAAUGAAGUGGAUUUUAUUUUGUUAGGUGGUGAUCUUUUCCAUGAAAACAAGCCCUCGAGGAAAACCCUGCACAGCUGCUUAGAGUUGCUUAGGAAGUAUUGUAUGGGUGAUCGGCCCGUGCAGUUUGAGAUCAUCAGUGACCAAUCAGUCAACUUUGGUUUCAGUAGGUUUCCAUGGGUGAACUAUCAAGAUGGCAAUCUCAACAUUUCCAUUCCGGUGUUUAGUAUCCAUGGCAACCAUGAUGAUCCUACAGGGGCAGAUGCCCUCUGUGCCCUCGAUAUUUUAAGCUGUGCUGGGUUUGUGAAUCACUUUGGACGGUCAAUGUCUGUGGAGAAGAUUGACAUUAGUCCAGUUCUGCUGCAGAAAGGAAGCACGAAACUCGCUCUGUACGGCCUAGGGUCCAUUCCAGACGAAAGGCUCUAUCGGAUGUUUGUCAAUAAAAAAGUGACCAUGCUGAGACCGAAGGAAGACGAGAACUCGUGGUUUAACUUAUUUGUGAUUCAUCAGAACAGGAGUAAACACGGGAGUACCAACUUCAUCCCAGAGCAGUUUUUGGAUGACUUCAUUGACCUCGUUAUCUGGGGCCAUGAACACGAGUGUAAAAUUGGCCCAACCAAAAAUGAGCAGCAGCUCUUCUAUGUGUCUCAGCCUGGAAGCUCAGUGGUGACUUCCCUUUCCCCUGGAGAAGCUGUGAAGAAACACGUAGGCUUGCUGCGCGUUAAAGGGAGGAAGAUGAACAUGCAGAAGCUACCUCUCCGCACAGUUCGGCAGUUCUUCAUGGAGGAUGUGGUUCUGGCUAACCACCCAAGCCUGUUCAACCCUGACAACCCUAAAGUGACCCAAGCCAUCCAGAGCUUCUGCUUGGAGAAGAUUGAAGAAAUGCUUGAAAAUGCUGAGCGGGAGCGGCUGGGGAAUUCUCUACAGCCAGAGAAGCCUCUCGUCCGACUACGGGUGGACUACAGUGGAGGCUUUGAACCUUUCAAUGUUCUUCGCUUUAGCCAGAAGUUUGUAGAUCGGGUUGCUAACCCCAAAGAUGUCAUCCACUUUUUCAGGCACAGGGAACAAAAGGGAAAGACAGGUGAGGAGAUCAACUUUGGGAAGCUCAUCACAAAACCUGCUUCAGAAGGAACGACACUCCGCGUAGAAGACUUGGUGAAGCAGUAUUUCCAGACCGCAGAGAAGAAUGUUCAGCUCUCACUGCUGACAGAAAGAGGGAUGGGGGAAGCAGUUCAGGAGUUUGUGGAUAAGGAAGAGAAGGAUGCGAUUGAAGAAUUAGUGAAGUACCAGCUGGAGAAAACACAGCGCUUUCUGAAGGAACGCCACAUCGAUGCUCUGGAAGACAAGAUUGACGAAGAGGUCCGGCGUUUCAGAGAGAGCAGACAGAAAAACACCAAUGAAGAAGACGAUGAAGUUCGAGAGGCCAUGAGCAGGGCCCGGGCCCUCAGAUCGCAGUCAGAGAACUCCGCCUCAGCCUUCAGCGCCGAUGACCAAAGUUUUGAUAUAAUGGAACAGACGACAGCAAAUGACUCGGAUGACAGCCUGUCAGCAGUGCCCAGCAGAGGCCGGGGCCGAGGCCGAGGGCGCAGAGGAGGCAGAGGGCAGAGCACUGCACCAAGAGGAAGGUCUCAGAGGGGCCGAGACACUGGGCUGGAGACGGCUACGCGAGGCAGAUGCUCAACGACUAGGAAUAUGUCCAUUCUAGACGCUUUCAAAUCUACUCGACAGCAGCCUUCCAGAAACAUUGCCACUAAGAAUUACUCAGAGACUAUUGAGGUGGAUGAGUCUGAUGAAGAUGACAUUUUUCCUACCAGUUCCAAGGCUGAUCAAAGGUGGCCAGGCACAACAUCCAGCAAACGGAUGUCCCAGAGCCAGACUGCCAAGGGGGUUGACUUUGAAUCAGAUGAGGACGAUGAUGAUGACCCUUUCAUGAGCAGUAGUUUUCUGAGAAGAAACCGCAGAUAAUGUUUUCAGUGGAACAUGAACAUCAUGAUCCAGGAAGAAAUCAAAGCCCUGCAUGCCGUCACUACAGCUGAAGAUGCUUUAACCACAAGGAGUCUGAAAAGUCUGCUGACCGGGAUGCUAGCGUAUCGGGUUUAUACUUUAAAUUGCUUCCUCAAUGGGAGUCCAUUAGGGCAUUUCCUAGCUCAGUGGUAAGGAGAUGUUGCUCUCUGUCGUCUUUAAUCUGGCUGCUGGUGCUGUCUGGGGAUGUGUUGCCGUGACUAGAACCUUAACUUGCUGACAGAACUGUUUACUGCUUGUAAGAGUUUUGCUAAGAUGUUCUUCUGGAGUGCAGAUUAGAGACAAACCUUCCAUUCUUCUGUGCUGCCUCAUGAUCAGAGACUGUGCCACAGCUAGCAGAGUUGAUGAGAGAGCUCACAGACCUGGCCCCUUCGUGUCCUAACUAUUUCUUGGAUCUCUGAAGCAAGGCCUUUUAUGGAGCAGCCUAAGUCCGUGUUUGUCACCGCGUGUGGAAUUCUGCAUAGAGGAUCAGCCACUAAGAAUCGGGCUAGAGGGCUUUGUGUUUCAAUGGUUGGUAUAAGGUCUUUGUUAAGUACAUUUAUUUCUAAUUCACACUGUAGCGCAGAUUCAGGUUCUGUUCCCAUUGAGCAGUACUGAUCUGUGCUGUUUUCCUCCUCUCUCAUGUACCCAUCAGGUAGAAGAGGGUUAGAGAAUGUUCUGUCUUAAAAAUAUUGAAAAGCUUUUUUUUAAGGCAGGACAGCCAGCUGACCUUUGUGGUUGGGUCAGGCUGACAUACUGAAAUACAGCCGCCCAGUGCCAGUGCCAGGCUGUCUCACUGGCAAUGCCUUAUUGUGGCUUUGGUUGCUACAAAACAUCUCCUAAUAGACAAUUCAAAAACUGACUGAAACAGCUUAUGUCAAGUUUAUAUAUUCAUAUUUGUUUUAGGAAGGAAAUAAAAACAUUUCCCCUUCA